UCUCACUCUCUUCCCCCCACUCUCUCUCUCUCUCUCACCGCGGCGGCGACGUCGUCGCUAUGUCGCGUUGCUGAAGGCGCGCGCGCGCGUUCAUCGGCUCCCGUCGCGUGUCGUGGGAGUGCAAAAGUCAUCGUCUCGUCUCUCCGUCUCGUCUAUCCGUCGUCGACGAACAUCGGCGGACAUCAAAGAUCGCGCGCGCGCACGCACAGCAGCAGCAGCAGAGCGCAGCGAGCGAACGGAUCGCUCGCUCGUUGCGGUGAUCGCCAUCGCAUCGGCAUCGGAAGCGAGGAGGGACGAGGACGGCAAGAAGCUGGCUGUAGCUGGGAAGGCGGCUCCCGCUGCUGCUCCUGCCGCCGCCGCUGCUGCUACCUGUGGUCUUCGAGACGCAAGGGGUUGGGAUUCGCGGGCGGGAGGCGGCGGCGGUGGGAUUGUUGCACGGCUGACCUUCCCCGUCGCGGACCAUGCGGGGAGCAUCCCUGCUCACAGCCCCCUGACAUGCAAGCGAAGAAGAUCAUCCCGGCGGGAUUCGUCACGUCGCUGCUUUGCCUUGCAGCGGCGGCGUCAGCGGCCGCCGCCGAUGACUGUGUUUCCGAAGUUGUGGACAACUUGGGCAGUCUCAUUGAGAACUUUGUCAACCAGCUCCCGUUGGACUACGGCGUGACGAUUUGGCAUCCGCAGGACAACACGAAUUCGGAGAAUUGUUCCGAGAAAAACCCCUUUGAGAUGGCCCUGGAAUCACUGAGCUCUCUGCUCAAACAGCUGCACAAGGGGAGCAAUGUGAACAAGAGCGGCGAAAGGUUACUCAAGACGCUCCAAGACAUCUGCCAUUCGAACGAGACCGUUUGCCUUUGCAAAGCGCGAGUGAAGCCGGACUCGCUCGCCACGGCCCUCAAGCGCCUCGCGGACGACGUCGGCAAAUCCGAAAGGGCUUCCAGCAAGUGCCGCUCCAGCCCAGCGAAAACGACGGACAUCGAGAGCACAGCCUCGCCCGUUCCAGCAUCCGCAGCAAACACAGAUGCCACCUCCAGGCUGGUAGUGCCACCAGCCUCGUCCGCUCCAGCUGCUGCAGAAAACAUGACGGCAGAUGCCACCUCCAGGCCGGUAGUCUCAGCAGACCACCAUUGUGCAAACGGAGACAGCCGAGUCGGAAUGUCCGCGGAGUCGCCCUCGGGCGGCGACACUUGGAAGAUCUUCGCCUGGGUCUUCAUGGGCACCACGGGCGCGCUCCUCGUCUACCUCGUGGCCGGGUGGUAUUGCGAGAGGCGACGCCGCUCGUUGACGACCCACUGGUCUCUGAGGAACCGCCACGUGCCACUGCAGCACGCCGAGCUCCAGAUUCUCAUGGGCUUGCCGUCUGCCACAGGGAUGGAGGCUGACAACCAGAGCGAUGACCCGGGCACCGUCGACAACCUCGUAUGACCACCGCGGAAGGCGUCGGUGGUAAAGGCGCCCGUGACCCAUGGCGCGACCCACCACGCGACCAUGGGCCGACGGUGCUGGUAGCCGUUUUACUUCCCGGGCGGGCACCCACCACCUCCGUCCAUCGGCGGGACCGUGCGGAGAGCAGCUGUCGUUGUCGUCCUCGCCGCCACCGCCGUUGUCCUCAAACGCGCCCGACUGCCGCUCAAAGCGGUCAGCCCUCCUUUUGAGCCGCGUCUUCAAAUACUGUGGGGGGGAAAAAAAAACUGAAAACAGCCACCACCACCAUCACUGCCACCGUCACCAACCGGAAGGUGGCCCUGCGUUUCGGUGGGAGUGUUGGGGUCUCUCUCGUUGCUCCCUGUCCAUUAGACCUUGAGCCAGUAUUUAAAAUCCCCCGCAUUCUUACACCAAGGGCCUCGUCUAUAAACGCAGCAACAAGAGCAGCAGCAACUGCUUUUGACUUCCUUGAGUCAUGUGGUGCAGACCGACGGGCGUUGCGUGUUUUACACACCCUGAAGAGGUGGCGACGAUGAUGACAAAGACGACGAUUUUGAGUUAUUCCUGAUCAGCUCUGAUCCCAGUGGAUGGGAGUCUCACAUCGUUACGGUUGCAGUUUCGUGAACACAGCAGCAGCAACAACAACGACGAUCGAUUAUUGCCCUGCCAUGGAGCGGCGAUCUUUUAAUACCCCCCCCCACACUGCCCCCGCCCCCCCCCCCCCCCAACAUUGACAGCUGCGAAUGUAACGCCAGACCCUGGCCCGAUAUGAACUUUCACUUUCCCAAACUCCUGAGCCAGCCACACCGGCGACCAACCUCCACUCCAGAGCGCUUCGAAAAUAAGGCGGGGGGGGGGGGGGGUUACAUGAACGACUCGACGGCAGCAUAAGAACGUAACGCCAACCUCUCCCCGGGCCUCCGAGCAUGCGGCUCCAGUGGCUGGAGACGUCGCUGCGUCAUGGAGCACGUGGGCACGGCGUGGAGCACGUGGGCACGGCGUGGAGCACGUGGGCACGGCGUGGAGCACGUGGGCACGGCGUGGAGCACGUGGGCACGGCGUGGAGCACGUGGGCACGGCGUGGAGCACGUGGGCACGGCGUGGAGCACCCAACACACGGUGGCGCAGAGGCAACGGCAGAAACCCCCACGGAGCGAGUUGCGGAGGGCCGCGUCUUGCCGGCUUCCGCAUUGUCGGCCGGCUUUAAAGGGGUGCCGAUUCCAUCCACCGUGGAAGGAACGACGUUCAUCCAGGUCAACACCCCCCCCCCCCCACCCCCCAAUGCCGGAUUAUCCUAAUAGCAAAAGUAGCUACAUAUGCUACGGGCCCUGCACUUACAAGUGCCCCACGCUAAAUGCUUGCAAGCUAUAAAUUCCUGGUUCAGUGAUUCCGCACUUGGUCCAUUACUAAAUAGUGCUAGACUGCCUCAAACUUUUAUGAACUACUGGGUGUUUAAGGUUAGCGACUUGCCAUAUUAUCUGGCUGUAUAGCAAAUGAAAAAACACAAUUACUUUACCAUACAAGUUAAACAUUUGUGUUAUAAUUUUUGUGUAUUUAUGUUAAUUUUACUUUUAGUUAGGGCCCCUUUAUAACAAAUGCUACAGGCCCCGCACUAGCUUAAUCUGGCACUGCCCCCCCGGGUUGCAGAGUCAGAGGUCGUGACCUGACAAGGGAGACGGUUUUUGCGAGGAGAGGGAGUGUGGAAUGUACACUUGGGCGAUUUGCACGUCCUCGUCGCGAGGGUGAGGAGGAGAAAGGUGCCAAGCACCAGGUUGCGUUCAAGAUGCGUGAUGUGUAUCCGGAAAUGUAUUUUAACUUUAAAACAAAAGAGUUGCUUCGAAAAGAGAUAGGCACCCAAGCUGUGAUGUGUAAAAUAUAAAGUAUGGUAUGUGUUAUGUAAGUAUUUAUGUAUAUAUCUUAUAGACGUAUAAAUCUUGACUUAAGUUUUACUAAGCAUAGGACACAAACGAUGUCAAUUUCACGGCCGUGAACUCACAACAACGUGUAACAAACAACUCACUCCACUCGCAAAUAAAUAGAUUGCCUUCACAUCAACUGCACCCUAAA